AUGAGUGCUAUCCCAGACGAGUGCCCGCCAGGCGGCUUCGGCUCGGAUGAAUGCAAUCCCGAUACCGGUCCGGCAUGCCCUUCCGGAAAGGCGUGCGUGGAGAUCGUGCAAAUGUUUUGUGGUGCGCAAUUCCGGUGCGUUGAUUAUGCAGGAUGCCAGGCACCUAUUACGCCUGUCACGUUCAUCAGCACCGUUAUCGGCUCUACCCCAGUGUCAAAUCCAACUCCGUAUACAGUUCCACCAGAGUCCAGCAGCACGAUAACAACGCCUUCCGAGUCCUCCUCCACAGCCGAGCCUCUGGCGACUGCCGGAUCAUGGAGCUUCGUUGUUCAGGACUCCCUCUUCUGGAAAUUCCCAGACACGCUCUACGCUGAGAAUCCAGCCUGGCUACUCAAGGACUCCAACGGCGACGUGACCAUCAACACAGCGUGCAUCACGAAUUCCGAGUUCGACCUCACAGAAGACCGAGUGCCUUUCGUCGCUGGGGCCGAGCUCGAAUUUACAUUUGGCCAGGACCUGCCAACGCUAGAGGAUAUUUGCUGCCUUGAUGUCUGGGGAAGCCCGGGUUGCGCAGGCCCACAUAUGCAGUGGUGUAGGCAGCAGUUGCUGAACCCGGGGGGCACUGCCUCGUUUGAUGUUCUAUCGUGGAAGGUUUCGAACUGUAACAGUUUGUAUACAGGCUGA